AUGCGCAAUGCGAUAGAACGCCAGCUAGGAACACUAGAACUCCUAACAGCCGUCUAUUGCGCAGAAGGAGAACUGAUUCUACAGUCGGAGACUGGGGCGCUCUUACCCUCUCUGAAAGCAUGGACAGAACACCCAUCAUCCCCCUUACCUUCACCUUUCCCAUCUGAGCUCAAGUUGCUCCUGAACAUCAAAGCUGAAGACCACCCCGGGCAAGUCCUGAAAAUCGACAUCCUCCUCCCCCUCUCUCCUGCACAACCACAACGACCAAAACUCAAGCUCCGCCAGCCGGUCUGGCUCUCCAGAUCAGAGAGCGAGCGGCUCGCUGAAGUGUUGAGCGUUUCCCCGCACAGAGAGGAUGAACAGAGGGGGGAUGGCUGUGGAGAGGAGGAGGAGAAGGAGGAGGGAGAGGACGACUUGGGGUGGAUAAUGUCCUCCCUCGACAGGUUACAAGCUGCUCUCCCUUCUCUCUCCUCCUCCCCAGCGACCCCCUCCCCAGCCUCUCCCCCCCUCACACCCAUCACCCAAACCUCAGCCCAGCCCACCCCUCCAUCCCAAGUCCUAAGAACAUGGCACCACCUCCCCUCCCUCUCUACCCGAAGCAAGCGUACCGACCUAGUACAAUACGCCCAAUCCCACCAUCCCCCACUGACGGGGUUUGUCCUCGCCGGCAAGCCCGGUCUGGUAGUGCUCGAAUACCCGCUCCCUCCUUCCCCUAUUCAGGCAGACCUCUCCCUCGCCAGCGCAGCGCUAGACCGGUACUGGAGCACGAUCCGUUCCCAGAGCUGGGCUGAUAUCCCCCCCUCACACAAGAAAGUCUCUGAGAGGCUGCGAGAGGUCGGACAGGGCGCGUUUGGGGAUAUGAGGGAGGUGACGCGUGCUCAGGAGGUUGGGGGGGAGAGGAUGGGAGGGGAGAAGGGGAAUAGGCAGGAUUUGGCUAGUGUGGGGAGGUGGUUGGAGGGAUGUGGAGUGGGUGGGAGGUUGGAGAGGGUUUUGGGUGCUGAGUGGACGUGA